GAGAGAGAGACAUAUGUCACUCCUAGCAAAGAAUUUAAUUUAUUUGAGUCAGGAGCUCACUUGAAAAGCUAAAACCUUAAACCCAAAUUAAACUGAGUGUGGGUAUUUUAAAAUUAACUGAUUGAUUGAUAGAUAGAUAGAUAGAUACAGUAGAUGGAGCUGGAACUUUCUUGCAAGUGUUUCACAUGUAGUAAGGAAUGUUGCUGGGUUGCUUCUUAAAGGGUGGGACUGACAGAGGCUGAAACGGUUGUCUCACAGCAGAGUCAGUUCAUUUCCUCUUUAUGCUGCAGUCCAGCAAUUAUGGUUUCAGGUAUCUUGCCCAAUGUUUUGUGUAUUUGGUGCAUAGUCGUGGUCCCGGCUGUAUGGGCUGAUGACUGCAAUAGCUACUGGGACAUGAACGACAAUUACCAUGAUGUUCAGAGCUGUUACAUGUACUGCUGUGGAAACUGCAAUGAUAGAUACUGCUGCAGUGACAAGAAAAACAGCCUCACUCAAGAAAAACAGGAUGGCUGUCCUGGGUCUGUCAAUAACAAAUCCAAAAACAUUGCUCUGAUCAUGGGAAACGUAAUUGGGGCACUUAUUCUUAUCAUCAUCUGUGUGACUGUCAUCACCUGUUGUAUGGUUCCUUGCUGCUUGUGCUACAAGAAAUGUAGAAAAACACACAACCAAAGGCAGAUAGCUAUGAUCACUACAGUCAACACACCUCAACCUACUGUAUCACCCACUGGAUAUCAGUCCGUCCCAAGACAUGAGGGCCCACCCAUGCCCACAGCACCGCCACCCUCAUACCUGGAGAGUACCAAUCCAGCUCCCUCUACAUUUGUAUUCUCACAAGGCCAGCCGAUGUAUACAGGUCAGGCUUCCAGUGAACCUCAUUCAGAGCUGCCACAUUCAGAUGCCCUUGUACAGCCACCCUACAACCCCUCUUAUGGACCAAACCCAUGACCCUGAUACAGCUGGAUGAACUAUCCUCAGGGGUGUGCAAAACAUGUGGACUAUGUUGUAUAGCUGUAUGCUGGGAAACGCUUGGAAAGAUAUCAAAUUAGUAUUAGAUCUAAAACGGAAAAUCUUCAUGCUGCUUUUUACAUGGAAUGUGUUACACACAUUGAUGACUCAUUGUUUAGCAGUAUACAAUUUAAUUGAACACUUUUGUGAUAAAUGUUGAACUUUUUAGAAGACAAUAAAACUUCCAACAAUAAAUUUCCAUUAAAAGUAAAAACAUAUUGAGAAAAUUAUUUUUGAUAAUUAUUUUGUAUUCAUUAACAGUUCAGGUUCAUUCACUUAAACUUUACACGUUAUAAGUUGUUCUUCAGUUAUUCAGGAUUUGUUUCUUGAGGAUUUAUUUAUGUCUUAUAAAAUUUAACUCGUGAUUAGAUCCUAUUAAACAAUGUACUAUUUAGCAAAGCAUGUAACAAAUGUAAUGUUUUUUAAUUUGUUUUGUAAUGUUUUUGUUCAUUAUGUCAAAUACAUGAAUCUACGUA